GAGACGGAUUUAUUACUCUUUCUUUACUUUCUUAUUUAGUUUCGGAUCUCAUCCAGUCCACUUGUUUGUGCAGGGGGCUGAGAAGUUUAUAAGUGGGAUUUUUCUAUAUAAGAGGAAGCAUUGUGAUCCAGAGAUGAAAGGACUGAUAUAUCUUCUGUUUCAAGUUUUGGGGGUUUUCGUGUUUGCUGAUGUUUGGAAGGUAAAAGUAGAGCAUGAAAUGAAGGCUUUGGUCUCAUCUUGUGUUGUGUUGCCCUGUUCAUUCCAAUACCCGGGAACAAGACAGCCCUCUGCUCGUACGAGAGGUAUUUGGCACAAAAAAGACAAAUGGGAUGACUACAUCUAUUCUGAGGAUAAAACAAGAGUCUUAGACAAUUUCAAGGGUCGCACCAGACUGGUUGGUCGACUGGGUGAUUUAAACUGCUCACUGGAGAUCGAUGAAGUCAAAGGCCAUGACAACGGCCCAUUUUGUUUUAGAGUUGAAUUAGAGACAUCAGUAGAAGACAAAUACUCCUUUGUGGACAAUUGUGCAUACAUUAAUAUGAUUGAGCAAGCCUCACAACCGGAGCUGAAUUCUGAUCAGGCUGUACAGGAGGGUCAUCCUGCGAUCUUCAGAUGCUCUGUCAGGCACACCUGCCCCUCCCACCAGCCCACUCUUACCUGGAACCACGAUGGCCAUAACAUGAUGACCUAUAAGGAUAUGGGUCAUGGGAACUGGGAAGUUGAGUCUAUUCUGACCUUCACACCCACAAAAGACGACGAUCACAGUGAUAUCACGUGUACAGUCAGUUAUCAUGGUGUCAAGGAUAAAUUUGCAGCUAUCCGUCCCAUCUUUGUGAAAGUUGGAACGGAGAAGAACAUUUCUUAA